AUUCAAUGAAAAGCAAUGGGACUUCUCGGUUUACGACAGAGUGUGGGAACGGUGGGUAAGAUGGCGGCGCUGAAGGAGGAGCAGUGCUACGGACUGUCCUGUGGAAGAGUGAGCAACGGCAGUAAUGUCACCGUCUUUCACGUUAAACUUACUGACAGCGCGCUGAGGGCGCUUGAAGGCUUUCGGAGCAGCAAGGUCCUGUCACAACAGCCCUUGAUCAGAUUUAAUGGAAACCAAGGGAAGAUUUCAAUUCCACGGUCAGAAACUUCCAGCGAGUUGCAAACGUUUACUUUCGACCUGACCAAUGUGGGCAGAGAUAACCCCCAGGGCAGCUUCGACUGCAUCCAGCAGUACAUCACCAGUGAAGGGGAUAUUCAGCUGGAUUGUCUGGGCAGCAUCCAGGACAAGAUCACAGUGCGAGCCACUGACGACUCCUACCAAAAGGCCAGAGAAAGCAUGGCCCAGGCUGAGGAGACGACUCGCAGUAGGAGCGCUAUCGUCAUCAAGCCAGGGGGGAGAUAUGUAGGUAAGAAAGUCCAGAUCCGGAAACCGGCACCUGCACUUUCGGACGUGGCCCCGUCACGGAGGACGUCUCGGCCCGUCCUCAUCUCCAGCAGCACGCAGAAGAAAGCCACGACUCAGCACCGGCCUCUCCGUGAGCGCCUCGUACACCUGCUGGCCCUGAAACCUUACAAAAAACCCGAACUGAUUUUGAGGUUGCAGAAGGACGGCCUGUCACAGCUAGACAAAGAAUCCCUGGACAGCUACCUGCAACAAGUUGCCAAUCUGAAUGGGAAAGAAAAUACCUUCACAUUGAAGGAUUUUAUGUAUAAGGAAGUCCAGAAGGACUGGCCAGGAUACACGGAAGGAGACCAGCAGCUUCUCAAGAGAAUUUUGUUCAGAAAACAGGCCCAAACCAGCUCUGCACCCGUACCUGAGAGUCCCCCCAAAGAGCUGGGAUCCAGUUCUCCGUCUCAGAAACGACCAACUGUUGACUUCAUCGACCCUCUUGCCAACAAAAAGCCCAGAAUAUCACGCUUUGUCAGCAAGGCUGCAACAGUCCAAAUGAACGGCAAGCUCGGCUCUUCAUGCGGACGAGGAGACCUUGGUGGCGCGCUGUCCGGAGCGGCAGUGUCGACGUCUGAAAGCGGCAUGACGUCCGGCACGCAGCCGCUCCCGGUGCUGGACAUCCCCCGUCCUUUCGAGGCUUUAUCUGACGUCAGCAAUGACUCCAGCAACAACGGGCGGGACGGCGACUCUCAGGAAACGACGCUGUCCGAGAGGCUCAGUCAGCCGCCAUCGCUCUUGUCCGUGUCGACGGUGGCCUCCGCGCCCAGCAUAGGCACAUCGUCCUCUGGGCACACUGUGCUGGAGGGCCCGCGGGACAAUGGCCCUCCAGCAGUUAAUAACAAAUCAAGAAAGAAGUCAAAAAAGCAUAAAGACAAGGAGAAAAGCAAGGACAAGGGGAAAGGGAGGGCGAAGGAGAAAAAGAUCUGUCAGGAGCCUGCGUCUGAACCCAAAACAGCAUGUGAGAUGAGCCAGAAAAACUUCAAGAACAGUAUUGCAUUUAAAAGCACAGAUCUGAAUGGGAUGUGCAAAACUACCAGUAUUCCGUCAUCAUCACCUGAAGUGGCAGAUUAUUUAUUAAAGUACACAGUGAUCACCUCCCCAGAGCAGCGCCAGAGGUAUAAAAACGAUUUCAACGCAGAGUACAGCGAGUACCGGGGUCUGCAUGCUCGAAUAGAGGGCAUCACCCGGCAGUUCACUGUGCUCGACAACGAGCUGAAACAGCUUCAACAAGGCACAGACAAGUACAAGUCAAUCCACAAUCAAAUACUUCAAGAGUAUCAUAAGAUCAAAAAGACUAAUCCAAAUUAUAGCCAAGAGAAGAACCGCUGUGAAUAUCUACACAACAAACUGGCUCAUAUAAAGAAACUUAUCGCGGCGUACGAUCAUCAGCAACUUUAAACCUAGUCACCAGAGACCGUUUCCCUGGUGUCCCUGGAAAAGGGGCAGAUAAAGGGACAACUCUGGAUUCCUCUUCCACUAAAAAGAAAUGUCACAAAAGGACAAAUCCCAUGUGUUGGGGAGAGGCAGGACACAUGAUCUCUUUUUUCCUUAAUCUUUCCCUGUUUUUGUUUUUUUUUGUUUUUUGUUUUUUCCUUAAGGACGUGGGCCAGGUCUGAGCGUAGAUAAAAGUGGAUCCAUAAAUAUUGCUCUUCAGCAGCCUUCCCUGCCUUUAAUGUGCAACAGAGUGUUGACAGUUCAUUGUGAAAUAUUCCUACUUUCAUGGGAGAUUUUCCAAAUUAUCUUUCCUGCUUUUGAAACUGGAUGAAUUUGAACUGAGAUGAAAACUGCAGAUUGUACACCAAAUAUAUAUAUAUAUGACUAGGUCAUAUAUAUAAUGAGCUAGUCAUUAUAUGCAUAUAUAAUGACUAGCUCAUGAGUUUUCUCCACAUAAUUGUAUGCUCGCACAGCUGAAUCUUUUUAGUUUCCUAUUUAUUUUUUGUCAUUUAACUUUGUUGGUUGGGGGUGAAAUUAUUUUACACUCCUUUAAAAAGAAACAAAAACAAAUCUGUGCUCUCCUAUUUUGUCCUCAAAUCAUGAUUGUCUGCCAGUAUUUUACUAUUCAGAAGCUGCCUUUCCCUUCUAAUUGUCAGUGUUGGCAAUAGUAUUCUUUCUCUUUGUAGAGAUGCAGAAAUUAGUAUUUGAAUAAAAAAAAAAAAAAAAAGAAAUGCACAGAGUCGGACACUGGUUUUUGUGUUUGGCUUUUCUAAAAAUCAUGGAGAUGUCUUAACAGAGGGCGGGAAGAAGUUCUCAGUCACCCUUGGAAUGUAGAUUUGUUUUCUUGGAAGUUGUCUCUUCCCCGUCGUGUCGUUCUGCGGUGCUCCUUACAGCAGUGUUUCCUACGAAUCCACCUGUUGGCUCCUAAUUGGUACUCUUUCAGGCUUUUGUAGCAACAUACAAUUUAAAGUUGUUGGGGGUGGGGGGGGGGGGGGUAUUUUUCAGAUCAGAGCUCAUAUCUUUUAAACAUAUAUGAUCAUUGUUUGUGUUAAACGUUUACUGUAUCUAAAAAGAGAGAUAUCCUUUUAUUUAUUUACUUUUUUUUUGUCUGCUGUUCGACCCCUUUCUAGUCCCAUUAAGAUGACUGUUAAGACGAAGCCAUCGUUGUCCAUUGUCCCGAUCCUUCACGUCGAAAGACCCAAGUGUUUUUAUUUUUUAUGUUUUAUGUUUUGCCUUUUCAGAACGUGAUGUCAACAAUGAUUGGUUCCUGAAAAUGUCUCGCCCGAGCCCACUAAUGUCCUCGGAGAAGCCUCUCGGAGAAGCCUCUCGGAGAAGCGGCGGGGCGAGUCGUCUUCAGCCGCUGUAUUCAUUUCUUGUAUUGAUCUUUUUAUGUGAAUAUUACAAAUCGGCACUUUCUCUCUCCUGAUCUUGCUGUUACUGGAGUGGGAGGGGUUGUCCUAAAGACACUUUUUUUUUUUUGUGUCUCAGAAUGCAUGCUAAAUGAAUGUUACAAUGAGCAGUCUUUUAUCUUUACUUGGUUUAAAAAGAAAAAAGAAGGAACUGCCCAAGAACAUCAAAAUCCAAGCAAAGGCAUCGUCCAGCUGAAUUGGCGCAUAUUUGGUUGGCCAUGGCUCAGACCAGCAUGUAAACCAAAGCGCUUAUCAAGCGAAAUGGCACAAAGCGCUUUCACCAAAUGUUGGCAAAGAAGGAUCUUUCAGUAUUUUUAAUUUUUUUUACUUCCUGUUUCAUUUCUUAACUCUGUAUAAUUUCUAAUUCUGCGCAACAUGUCAAAAGGAAGUCAGAAAAUGCUCACUUUGAUUUUUUUGUUGUUGUUGUUAACACUACAUCAACUUUUAUCAAAACGGUGUUGGAUUGUGUGCCGCUGUAUCCGGGUUUUGGAUCCGAGACUUGAGCAGUCGACACUUCACUUUAACCCAGAACCACAGCUGUUUAGCAAGGAAUGCCUUUGUCCUCGUUGUUGCUGUUUGGUUUGUAGCGCAUCUCUGUUACGGCUCCAAAUCCAUUGUAGAUACGUUGAUGGAUGCGAGAUGUUUUGAGCCAGUGGAGAGCAAACUUGUCAGUGAAGACAUGCCAGCACAGUGCCACUGUUAUGAGCUGAUUGUGCCAAAAUGACCUGUUGUAUAGUUCUGUUUUUGAUUAUACACAUGCUGCUGUGAAAGCAAGGAGGGCUUUGAAGAUUAGUCAUGAAAUGUCACAGCUAAAAUCCAAAGUAUGCUUCUUCUACAUUUUUUUUUCCUUUUGAGAACCAUAAGGGACUGGGACUUAAAGUGAUUUUUGUUUCAAUAAAACUCUUUAACACCCUCAUGUGGGAAAAUCCGAA